CAGACCUGCCACACGCGUCUGUCUCUCCGGCCCUUGGCCGAGCCUGGGGGAGGGGGCUGGGGCCUGCACUGUCGGAACUCGCGCCUCCGGGCCGAGCCCCCUGGCCGAGGCGCACACACGCUCCAGCGCGCGCACACACCUCGGACAUUCCCAUAGUGCCUCACGUGACACUCGGCCCGAACGUGCCCACCCAGCCCACACGCUCACGCACGCGUGCUCACACGCGCGCACACUGCCCCUGGCCGCUUCCGAACUCCGCGCUGCUGACCCCCGUCCUCCGCCCCGCCAAGGCGCUCAUUGACGGCGGCACACCUACACUCAUUCACAGACACACACUCCCCCCCACAUGCCAGCCACAGCCACAGCCACACAUUCAUAAACAGGGCCGGGAGAAGUACACGCGCACCCCCUCGCUGCCUACUCGUUUGGGAGCCCUGAGUCAUUCCUGCCCCCUCCCAGGGCUCCCCAUUUCCCUAAGGGCAGGCACAGUGGGACAGGCUGGAGUCUCCUUUAGUGGUCCUCAUUCCCCGAGGCCCCCUGGCCCAGUUUGCUGCCUCUGACACUCGGCCAAGGACUUCCUGUAGGUCCCAGGUCAGGGGCCGCCUGCGCCUGGAUGGUUGCCACAGCCCCGGUGCAGUUAGGGAGGCACUUCCUUUUCCUGAACUCUGGGAUCCUGCGGGAGGAAGUUGGGCGGGGGCCGCGGAGGCCAGGCUGACUGGUGGGACUGGCCCUCCUUAGGAGCAGGCGACAGAGGCCUGGGAUGGCGGCUGUCGAGGAGGCCCAGUGUGGGCUGAAGCUCUUACCAUGGAGUCCAUGUUUGAAGAUGACAUCAGCAUCCUGACCCAAGAAGCUUUGGGUCCCAGUGAGGUGUGGCUGGAUGGUCCUGGAGACUCCUCUCUUGGAGGCGACAUGUGUUCUGCCUCCCACUUUGCUCUCAUCACGGCCUAUGGAGAUAUCAAGGAGCGGUUAGGGGGUCUGGAGAGAGAGAAUGCCACCCUCCGCCGUCGCCUCAAAGUCUAUGAGAUCAAGUACCCGCUGAUCACUGAUUUUGGAGAGGAGCAUGGCUUCCCUUUGUGUGAAAUCAAGGAUGGCUCCCUGCUGGAGCUAGAGAAGGUCAGUCUGCAGCAGCGGUUCAACCAGUUCCAACAUGAGUUGCAGAAGAAUAAGGAGCAGGAAGAACAGCUCGGGGAGAUGAUCCAGGCUUACGAGAAACUCUGUGUGGAGAAAAACGACUUGGAGACAGAGCUGGGGGAGAUGCGGGCCCUGGUGGAGACCCACUUGCGGCAGAUCUGUGGUUUGGAGCAGCAGCUGCAGCAACAGCAAGGCCUCCGGGAUGCAGCCUUCCCAAGCCUGAGCCCCCCACCUGCCCCCGCCACACCCUGUCCUGACCUGGACCUGCACUAUCUGGCUUUGAGAGGGGGAACUGCUUUGGGUCAUGCAGGUUGGCCUGGCCCUACUAGCGUAAGUGUAAGCGAGCUGGAGCGGAGACAGCUGGAAGAAGCCCUGGAGGCUGCGCAGGGGGAGGCUCGGGGGGCUCAGCUGCGGGAAGAGCAACUCCAGGCUGAAUGUGAGAGGCUACAGGGAGAGCUGAAGCAGCUGCAGGAGACCCGGGCCCAGGAUCUGGCCUCCAACCAGUCGGAAUGUGACAUGGCUUGGGUAAAGAGAGUUGGGGAUGAUCAGGUGAACUUGGCGCUGGCUUACACAGAACUGACAGAAGAGCUGGGUCGGCUUCGGGAGUUGAGUUCCCUGCAGGGGAGGAUCUUGAGGACUUUGCUGCAGGAACAGGCCCGGAACGCAGGCCAAAGGCACUCGCCGCUGUCGCAGCGCCCGCGCCGCGCCUUCGAGGGCAUCCGCCUGCGCUUUGAGAAGCAGCCGUCGGAGGAAGAGGAGUGGGCCAUGCCCGCCAGCCCGCCCAGUCCCGAAGCGGGCACCAUCCGCUGCGCAUCAUUCUGUGCGGGCUUCCCCAUCCCGGAGUCCCCUGCAGCCAACGCCUAUGCCCACGCCGAACACGCACAGUCCUGGCCAUCCAUCAACCUACUGAUGGAGACGGUGGGCUCUGACAUCCGCAGUUGCCCCCUCUGCCAACUGGGUUUCCCUGUUGGGUACCCAGAUGAUGCCCUCAUCAAACACAUUGACUCCCACCUGGAGAACAGCAAGAUCUAGGGCACCUCUCCCCCAACUGGCUGUUUCUCUGCUCUCUCAUCACCCCCCAGACACUCACUUUGAAUGCUGCAUGAAUCUCGUGGGGGCCCUGUCCCUUGCGGUCCCCAGAUACCUCCACUAGCUACCGAGUCAAUGUGUGUGCCAUCUUCCCUGGUCCAGGCACCACUCAGCUCUGGCUCUUUCCUGGAGGUUGACCAAGGCCUCUCCAUUUUCCUGGUUUCCUCUGGGGAGUGGGGAUCUGGUCUGGGAUGGGGAGGACAUACCCUCCACCUCUCUCCCCCCCCCUCUCUCUCUCUCUCUCU